AUGAUGGACGUGGAGAAAUCUCCCGCUCAGCACGAUGAGCCCGCUAUGGUCGAAGCCGGUAUGAUGGAUGAGAUCUCCAAGUCCCAGAACUCCUUACAAAGAUGGGCAGCUCGUUUGGAACAGAAGUUCGGCGUGGAAGCACGAGGCAUCGAUCGUGUCCCGGAAGAACUGCGUGGCACUAAGACUUCGUUGAUGGACUACUGCCAAAUGGGUUUAGUCUGGUUUUCAGCAAAUUGCACCGUUUUAUCCAUCGCGAUAGGUCUGUUAGGGCCAACGGUCUUUGGAGUCGGCCUGAACGAUGGUUUAGUACUGUCAGCUUUUGCCACUAUGCUGGCCGCUCUAGUCGUUGGUUACAUCUCCACGUUUGGACCAGCCAGUGGAAAUCGAACAAUGGUCAUCAUUCGAUACACAAUGGGUUGGUGGCCCUCACGUAUCUGUGUUUUCCUCAACCUUGUUAUUAUGCUUGGGUGGGGCUUGAUCAACGUGCUUGUCGCUGGACAGAUUUUGACCGCAAUAAAUGGAGGUGGCAUGACGGUGAUAGUCGGAGUGAUUGUGGCUUCGAUAAUUUCACUGUUGGUUGUUGUCUUCGGCAUCAAGGCCUUUCACGCGUUUGAACGUUACGCAUGGGUGCCGCAGCUCAUGGUGAUGUUCAUCUUGAUUGGUCUAGUUGGUCCAUCAUUCGAGACAGAUAUGGUAACAACGGGCUCAAGUCAAGUGAAGAAUGCAGACCGAAUGAGCUUCUUCUUUCUGGUCAUCUCUGGAUCGCUGUCUUGGGCUCCCGCGGGUGCCGACUUCUACGUCUACUUCUCACCAAACGCCGUUCGGUGGAAGGUAUGUCUAUCGGCCACACUUGGCCUCGGACUCGCAACUGCAUUCACCACCAUGCUAGGCGUUGGCGUUGGGACUGCCAUUCCAACAAAUUCGCACUGGAAAGACGCAUAUGACGAGGAUAUCGGAACCCUCCUAGUCGAGCUAUUCCGUCCACUUAAUCAUUUCGGCAAUUUAUGCAGCGUGAUCCUAGCUAUAGGUCUGAUUGCAAAUAAUGUGGCCGGAACCUAUUCGGCCGCUCUGAGUUUCCAGCUCCUGGGACGAUGGUUUGCACAGGUCCCUCGCCUCAUCUGGACUGUAAUCGGCGUCAUAAUCUACACAGUGCUGGCCUGUGUCGGUCGUAACAGCUUCUAUGCUGUAUUCGAGGAUUUCUUGGCAUUGAUGGGAUACUGGGUCGCCAUCUGGGUCACGAUAACGCUUGAGGAAGAGUUCAUAUUCCGUCGAAAAAGCGGAUACGACUGGACGGCAUGGAAUAAUCCCAACCUAUUACCAAUUGGUCUCGCAGCUCUUGCUGCAUUUCUUGUCGGAUGGGUUGGGUCGAUUAUGGGGAUGUACCAGACCUAUUUCACUGGGCCUAUCGGUAAGCUUGUUGGGUAUGGAAUUGAUCUCGGCAUUCCAUUAGGUGUGAGCUGGAGCGGCUUGGUUUACCCGUUCUUGAGAUGGUUGGAGCUGAAAUAUAUUGGUCGUUAG